AUGUAGAGAUCAUACUAAGAAUAGGUUAACUAGAAGGAUUAUUAACAUAAACUUUAUUUCAAAAAUGGUUAUCCUUAGAAUUAAUCAUUCAAGCGAGAUCCAAAACAAUUACUUAGAGGAUUAGUAUGAAAAUUAGAUCUAUUUAGAUUCUUAAAACAUGUAUACUUCAUUUUCUAGAUUGGUUGAAAUAAGGUUUUAAUUUAUGGCUCUUUGUAGUAAUAAUAUUGUCUGCUAGUUUCAAAGCUAAACAAUAAUUAUUAAUUUGCAUAAUAUAAUUAGCUGGUAAUUUAUUUAUGUCUUCUUACAAACUUUAUCAGUAAAUUUGUAAAGCAUUAAAAUAAGUUAAUGAAUAUUAUGAUUAAACUGUAUAUGUUAUUGGUUGGGAUCCUAAAUGCCAUAUUAGUAAAUGUCCAAAACGUGAUGUGACAGUUGGUAAUUUAGUAUUUCUCAAAAGACAUUAACCAAGUCCUAUGAGUAUUUUAAUUUUAAACUCUUAAGAAGAGAAGUUUAUGGUUUAAACAUCAGAAAAAGAAGGAAUGACUCAUAUGACUUAAAAGUAAUCAAUCAAAUUAACAUCUACAUCUGAUUAACAAAAAAACUAAACACUUAUUUAUUAUAAGAGAAUAUUGACUGGUAAAAUAGAAUUCGAUUAUUUGGAUACUAAUGAUAAUAUGUUUAGAGGUUUUAUUAAAUUAUAAAAGGAUCCAAAAGGUGAAUAUUUAGAUUAUAGGAAUAUAGUCAAUUAAAGUAGUAUUAUAAUUAAUACAGAUUGGGUUGUUGGUAUAGUGAUUAGUCAUGAUGAUGAGGAUGUAAUUAAAAUGUGGCAGAAUUGUUUUAAAAAGUCUACUACUCAUUUUGAUAGAUAUUUAAUGAAAUUUUCAUUAAUAUUUUCUCUUUUAUACUUUAUAUAACUUUCAUUUUGUAUAACAAUUAUAGUAAGAUUUCAAAACUAACCUGAUGAUCUCAAUAUUUACAAUACAAUUUGUAGAAUAUUUUAGAGUAUAACCUUUGUUCAUCCUUGUUUUAUUACUGGAUUAUGUGAAGUAACUUUUCAAUUCUUUAAUAAUAUUUUUGAAAAGAACAAAAAUAUAAUUGUAUCUCAUUCAUCUGAAUUAUUAACUUUAACUAAAGUUGAUCAUUGCAUUUAUGAUAAAACAGGUACACUUACAAACACUAAUACUGUUCUUUGUGGAGUUAUAUGUGGAGUUUAUUUCUAUAAUUUAAUUAAUGAAGAUGGAAUUAGGACUUCUACAAAAAGAUAUAGAAAAUUAAUGACUACUCAACAUGCACAUAAUAAUAUGUAAGAAAUCUUAGAAGAAUAAGAGGAUUAAGAAGAAAAUAAUAUUGGAAUAGGUUCAUUAUAAAAAAGUGAAAGAUUCAUAUAAAAUCCAGGAAGUCAUUAGUCUGUUAAAAGUAGACUUUAAUCUUAACAUGAUGAAGGAAUUAGCUUUAAUUAAGAUGAUGCAAUUUUCAAUGAAGAAGAACCAGAAAGUAGAAAUAUGGUCUUUAAUUUUAAUCCUCAUUUUAUAAGAUAGAAUGAAUUCAUUAAACCUAAAAAGGCUUAAAGUGUUGAUGAAGAAUUAUCUCCCCCUGAAAAAGUAGUUUUAAAUAGAAAUAAUAGAAGAACAUCAAACAAUACUAGUAGAUUAUUGACUAAGCCAAGGAGAGAAAUAAGGAUUGUUGAAAGAAUACUUGAAUAAACUUAAGAUCCAGGUAAUGGAUCCAUAUUAUCUCCAUCUCCAAUUGCAUCUUCAAAGGAUUUUAGAAAAGAUAAUAAACUUGGAGAAUCAUAAAUAAAUGAAGAUGAAUUGUAAUUAUAAUAGCAUUCAGAAAGUGAUAGUGAUGAAAAUGAAGAAUAGGAGGAAAGAAAAGAUUUAUAAGAGAUUAUAAAAUCUGGUUAAAAAUAGGCAGAUAAAUUUAUGAGAUCUUUAAUAUUAUGUUAAGAUGUCAAGACUAAAUACUCUAAACCUUAAAAUAAACCAAAUAGAGAUAAAAAUAUCACAGCUAUAGGUAUGUCUGGAUUAAUGAAUGAACAUCCAAAUAUGAAUCCAUAAAAUUUUUUAAAUGAAAAUACUGAGGAAUAUUAAGAAUCUAUAAUAAAAUUUGCUAAAUAAUAUUAAUUUGAAUUCAAUUGUGCAGGAUUAUUAAAUAAAAAAAUUUGUUAUGAAAUUAGUGCUAAAGGACUAAGUGAAAGAUAUUUAGUUUCUAAGAAAAUUAGUGACAAUGAAACUUUUGCUAUUUUUAUGAAACCUAUCUAAUAAAGGAUUAGAAAUCAAGCAUCUCAAAAUGAAAGGUAAGGUACUGAAAGAGGAUCAAAAAAAGGAGCUUUACUAAAAUUAUAUGUAAAAAGUGAGAAUUUAGCUUUGCUUGAUAAAUGUAAAUUAUCAUAAAAAAAGAGAGUAAAUUUAGAAAAGUAAAUGACUCAUCAAGCUUAAUCAGGUUAUAGAUUUAUUGUAUAUGCUGGUAAAGAUAUACCAGAAGAUGCAGUAAAGAAUAAAAAUAAAUAUUAAGAAACAAGUUUUGAUACUAUGGAAAUGACUCAUCAUGAUAAAGAAUUGAUUAAAGAUUUAGAUUAUUAUGGUUUGAUUUGUUUAAAGGAAGAUUAAAAUCCUGGAGCUUAUGCUUAAGUUAAAACUUUUAAAAAUUUAGGAAUUUCUUAAUGGAUAUUGAGUGGAGAUAAAAAAAUGUAAACUUUAUCUGCAGCUAAUCAUGUUGGAAUUGUUAAUAAUAAUAAUACUCUUUUAAGGAUUGAUGAAGUAGAUGAGGAGAAAUUAAAAUUAUAAAUUAAAUCUUAAUUGCUAUUUAUAAGAAAAUAAUUAUUGAAGGAAGAUGAAAGUCAAUAAAAUGAAUCAUCUAAAACAUUAGUUUCUUAAAAAUCAGUUUCAGAAAUGAAAAGAAGUGGACUUUAGAAAAAAGCUACUUUUGAUGAAAAUAUGAUUAUGAAAUCAAAGAAAGGAGAAGAACCUUUAUAAAAAGUAUUCUUAUUAGUAAAUGGAAAAUCCAUUAAAACUAUAUUUAGUGAUGAUUAUACUAAAAGUCAUUUUUUAUUUAUAGCUUUAAUUUUGAAAACUGUCAUAGCAUAUGAUUGUUCUUCAGCAGAUAAAGAAUUAAUAACAUAAGCUGUUACUAAAAUAUUUGAACCAAGUAGUACACUUUUAACAAUAUCAGAUUCAGUUGAUGAUUUCAAUAUGAAUUCUCAUGCAAAUGCUACUAUUUAAUUUUCAAAAGAGAAAAGAUCUUUAAAAAUAGCAUAUCAAAAUAUUUAAGUUAAUGAUUUGUAACAUAUAAAAUAAUUAGUAUUAUAUUUUGCUAAAAUAUUACCAAUGCAUUUGAGUCAAUUAACAGUUAUGUGUACAAAAAUAAGUCUAUAUUAAUUGAUAAUUUUGACUCUUUUUGUUUGUGUAAGAAAAACACUAUAUAUUGAAGAAGAUGUUGUAUAUUUAUUGGCUGUAUAGAUUCAUAUUAUAAUUAAUGGACUUUUACCUGCAUUUGAAGAUAGAUCCAGUCAUGAAUAAAUUGAAUUGAUGCUUCCAUAGAAUUAACCUUAAACUUAUAAAUGUUUCAAAUCAAAUUUUAGAUGGUUAUAAGAAUUAUUUUAUGAAGUUUUGAUUUCAGCAGGUAUCACUGGACUUUUAAAUACUUAUAUAUUUGCUGAAUUUAUGAUGUUUUUUACUUCAGAUCCUAAUAAUUUAGCUCAUUUGAUGUUUUUAUUUUAAUUAUUUAGUGUAUUUGCUUUUGGAACUUCUUAAAUGAUUCAUCUUAAUGUUCCAUUUGGAAAAAUACUAUGGAAUUUAAUUAUAACUUUAGGUUUAUUAUCUAUUUCAUUUGCAAUAGUUGUAUAAGCAGAUUUAAGAGUAUAAAUAAUAAGAAAUAUAUUUAAAUGGUAAUUUAUAAUUGGUAUAAUAACAGGAAUUAUAAUAAUAAUUACAAUAGAUUAAAUAGUAAAAUAGACAAGAGAGAUGAUGUUUACUCCAAGAAUAAUAUUGAAUUUUGUUAAAUUUGUAGAAACAGCAUUAAAGAAUUAUAAUGGAAAGAUUGUUUCAGAAUCAUUAAAAUAAUUUCCAACAACUAAUCAUAUCAAAAUAAAUAGAUAAUUUUUUAGAAAAAUAAAAAAAGUAUUUGAGAAUGUUUCUAUUGACCCUUUUAUUCGUUCUUUAUUUGAGAGUGAGAAAACAUAAUCUUUUAAUGGAGAAUAUUCAAAAUUUUCAUUAGUUUUUAAGAAUCAUAAUUAUGAAAAAUAGUUUAGAUAAUUUAAAGUUUAAUUAUAUUACUAAUAAAGAAGAGAAGUAGUUUUAGUAUUGUUCAUAGUAUUAAGAGUAAGUAGUGUAAUAGCAUGGGCUCCAUUUCUUACUCAUGAAGAUACUGUAUUAAAUAUUCUAUGGGCAAUAAUAAUGAUGAUGUGGAUAUUAAUAUUAUUAAUAACAAAAGUAAUAGAGAAGAAAUAAAUUGAUUAAACUGCAUUUUAAAUAAAAUGUGGUACUAUUGAAGCUUACUUUUUUAUUCCUGUAGUUUUAAUAUUAGAUCAUUUUUUGAGUGUAACUCUUCCAGAAGAUAAGAGUUAAUAUUAUUUUAGUACAUUUGGAUAAUUGCUUUAUUAAUAGUUUUUAGCAUGGGAUAUAUUCCCUCCUCCACUUUAUUAUCCAAUUACAUUGACCUUGAUCUUUUUUGUCAAUUAUACUAUUAGAGUUGGUUAAUUUUAUACUAUUUAAGUUAAUUCUGGUUCGGCAACUCCUACUUUUAGAGUAGAAUUUAUAACAUUAUAUGUUCUUUUAUUUUUCUUAAAUUUACUAUCUAAUUACACUCACUAUAAUGUAUAUUUGUUUAUUUAAAUAUUAGUUUUAACGAUUCCAGAGAUUAGUAUUUUUAUUUGAUUAAGCUUUAUAAACAUAAUAAGAAUAAACUAAUUAAAUAUUAAAAUCUCUAUUGCCAGCAUUUAUAUAUGAAAAAAUUGAAUAAGCAGAUGAAACUUAAAUUGAAGAAAAUCAAGGAUCAGUUUCAAUUAUAUUUCUAGAAAUAUGUGAAUUUGAUAAAAUAUUAUAAUCUAAAUAAAGAUAAGUGGUUUCAUUCUUAGAUGAUAUAUUUAGAGUCUUUGAUAAAAUAUGUUUAUAGUAUGGUGUAUAAAAGAUAGAAACAGUUGGUAAAACUUAUAUGGCUUGUUCUGGUUUAAAAUCUACUGAAAUAGAAAAUAAUAAGGAUGGAUUGAAUUAAUAGAAGAAAAAUGAAACUGCUUUAGCAUUAGAAUUAUCAUUAGAUUUUUUAAAGGCAGUGUCUGAAUUUAGAUAUGAAUACAAAGAAUAAGAAACUGUUAAAUUAUAUAAAUUAAAAAUAAAGAUAGGAAUUCAUUAUGGUUAAGUAUUUGCAGGAGUUAUUGGAUAUCAUAAACCAUAAUUCUCUUUAAUUGGUGAUACUGUUAAUACAGCAUCAAGAAUGUGUUCUACUGGAGAAGUAGGAAGAAUUACUAUAUCUUCAGAAGCUUAUGAAAGAGUAAAGGAUACAGAAUUCUUAUUUACAUCUAGAGAAGUUGAAGCUAAAGGUAAAGGACAUUUAAUUGUUCAUUAAGUCACUUAAAGAAAAUUAUAUUUAAAAAAACAUUUAUCAUAAGUUAGAUUUUAUGAAGGUUAAAAAAAUGGAAGACCAUUAAGUUUUAAAACUCAUAAAACUAAUAAUUCUAAUAUUAGAUCUACUUAAUUAAGAUAAACUUUUAAAGAUAUAUAACCACCUUUAUCUUUAAAUCAGAAUGAACAUCCUACUACUAAAGAGUAUGGUCGUAGAUCUAAAAUAAUGAAUCAUCCUAAGAUGGGAUCAUAAUUAGUAAAAUUAGCUAAAAAAAAUAAAGGGGUUGAAUAAUCUAGAGGUAAUAAAAAGGGAACUAUUAAGGAAGAUUUUACUUCUAUGAGUGAAACAGUUUGGAGAGAUAGAGCAAAAACUUAGGUUAUUCAAAAAACAGAUUAUAAUACUAAUGAUUGGGAAGAAACAAAAGAAGAUGAAAUUUAAAUGAAAUAAGUUGAAAAGGAUCCUGAGAAUAGAAUAGUUGGUGUUUCUGAUAAUGAUAUGGAUGUACCAGAAAAUGAUAUAAAAAGUGAAAAAAUAAAGAAGAUUUUAGAUUUAGAUAUAUUAAAAUAUAAUAAGUUAACAUUAGAAUAUGAGAAAUGUAAUGAUCCUAAUAUUGUUAUGCAAUUUGAAUAAUAUUAUUAGGAAGUCAGAUCUGCAUUAAAGGAUAUAUUUUAUCCUAUGACUAUUGUAUAUACUUUAUUUAAAGCAUAAAUAUAAUUGCUUGAUUCUGGUUAUGAUGGAUUAACUAUAUAUAUUGUAAGAAUGUUUUUAAGUUUAUAUUUAAUAAUUUUAUACUUUAUAACAAGUAGAUUAAAAAAAUACAAUAUGCAUAAUUUAGAUUUAGGAUUAACAGGUUUAUAUUAUGUAAGUGCAUUUUUAACAAUGUUUUUUGUAACUUUUGAUAAUCAAUAAAGAUUUUUAAUUUCAGAUAAUGCAGAAGCAUAUUUUUUUGCAUUUUCAGCAGUCAAUUAAUAAUCAUUAAAAUUUAAAUAUAUGUUCUUUUAUAUUUUAUUAUAAUAAGCAGCAUGGUUUGUAUAAUUAUUAUUACAUGAACAUAAUAAUUUAUUAGUAUUUAUUGUUCUAUCAACUAUUAUUUUAGUUAUAGUAUCUCAUAAUAAUUUUGAAUUGACUAUUAAGAAUUUUAAUAGUGCAGCUAAUGAAAAUUUAAAAAAAGAAUAAAGAGAUUCAUUAUUAACUAAUUUAUUACCAUCUCAUAUUCUAACUAGAUUUUAUCAAAAUAGUAAAAUCAAAUUAGAAUUAUCAGAUGUAUUAAUAGAUGCUACUCUCUUAUUUGCAGAUAUAAGUGGAUUUACAGCAUAUUCUGCAAGUGUUCCAGCAGAAUAAGUAGUGAAAAUGUUAAGAUAAUUAAUGACAUCAUUCGAUAAGGAAUGUCUAUAAUAAAAUGUGUACAAAGUAUAUACUAUUGGUGAUUGUUAUGUUGUAUUGGGUAUAAAUGAUAUGGAAUAAAGACAUCCUGGUUAAGAAGCAAAAAAUGUAUUAGAAAUGGGUUUGGAAAUGGUUGAAAUCAUUAAAAGAGUAAGAAGGGAAAUCAAUUUUUUAAAUUUGAAUAUGAGAAUAGGAAUACAUACAGUAAAUAAAUAUAAAAUAUUUUAGGGUUAAUUUUAUGGUGGAAUUAUAGGUACUGAUAUUGUAAGAUAUGAUAUUUUUGGUGUUGAUGCUGUUAUAGCUAAUAAAAUGGAAUCUUAAGGAGAAGCAGGUAAAGUUAUGGUAAGUGAAGAUACAAGGAGAUUGAUUAAUAUUCAUUUUCCAGGAGAAUAUAAUUUUACUUAUAACAAAGGAGUAGAUAUCCCAGUUGCUAAAAAGAAAGUAUAAGCAUAUUUUGCAACUAAAGCAGAUAUAUAAAAUCGUUAAGAUAACUCAAGAUAUUUGUGA